AUGGGGCUACCGCCCUUUCUGCGCAACAUCCUCAUAGGAAUUCCUAUAGGGAUAACCUUUUUAGACACUGUUGGAUAUGUCGCGCGAGUUGAAGGUGUUUCAAUGCAACCUGCGCUGAACCCUAACUUGAAAGAGGUCGAUUACGUCUAUCUGAAUCGCUGGGCCGUUCGAGGGCUCAAAGUCGAACGAGGCGAAAUAAUUUCUCUGUCCUCACCUAAGUUUCCUAAUCAAAAACUAAUAAAGCGUGUAAUCGGACUACCUGGCGACGUCAUUGGCACCAUCGGAUACAAGACAGACUUCGUACAGGUACCAGAGGGUCACUGUUGGGUCGAGGGAGAUCACACAGGUCAUUCUAUGGACUCAAAUAGCUUUGGUCCAAUCUCACUAGGUUUGGUAACGGCUAAGGCUACUUGCAUUGUCUGGCCUCCAAAUCGUUGGCAGUUCUUAAUUCCCGAGAUACGAGAGCAUAGAUUACCGCUCAACAUCCUGAGAUCGUCUGUUGCUUAA